AACAUCAGCGCAACAGGCCACUCGUGUAUACCUAAAUAAAACAUUAGUAUUAUUUGUCACUAUCUCCAUAACCACUGAAUCUCUUUAUUGAUUAAUGAAAUCUCCAGAUUAGACAAGUUCUGCCGGUUACUGAAUUAGAGUAAUUAUCAUGGACACACAAAUCCAGCCUUCAGUUCGUGCACAAUUAAAUAAUUUGCUUCAUUAUUCAUUUCUUUAAUCAUAUUGGAAGAGUUCCACUCUUCCAGCUAAGACACCCUCAUAAAGUCAUGUUCUAGUAGGAAAUAUAUACUCGGGAGGAAAGAAACCAGCCAAUUACCCAUCUCAUAACUACCAGGAGUAGGUAAAAAAUACCAUUUCGAUAAGUAUCAAACAAAUAAAUGUACAAUUUUAAAUAGUACUGUGACCUUUGCCACAGUAUCACUCGACUUCCCUUAUCCCUUCGAUAUAAUCUUUUAAAAAAGUCGUACGAGAAUCACUCUUCAUCUCAAUUUAAUAGUGGCGCUUUGCUGUUUCCAAUUGAUAAACUAAAGCUCUUUGAACCAAGGACAACAUCAACAAGCCACGUAUGUGCUGAGACAUGUUUCAUCUUCUUAGAAGCAAUUAGGUAAAGCCAAGUUGCAACCUCUGGAAGACAAAAUCCAUUAAAAAAUUCACUAAUUUCUAAAGUUCCUUUUUUUUAUUUUGAAGCAUAAUAAGCUCACCGAACUCUUAGGUAAUGCCCACGCUCUCGUCACAUGGCAAUCCCAACGCUAUAGUAGCGGACUAUUCUGUAUCUUGUCGCUUCCUGUGGAGCUUCUUUUUUUUAGUAUAAAUAAGAUGAGUUUUGGAGGUAUUUCUUCCUCCCCAAAGAGAAACAGAGGGAAAAAAUGGCAACUUUUUCAUCAAAAUCAAAUAAAAGAUCCAUCAGUUUGCCAAGCAGAUCACAUCCAGCUACCCAGAUUAUUGAAGAGGAGCUCAACAAGCUCAAAACAUGGGAAUUCUCUGCUUCACCAACUGCUGCAGAAGCUGUUUACAGGGGUCUAAUUGGUUUGGGAGAGGUGCAUAAGUGCAUGAUUGAUCUCUUAAACAUGCCUCUGACACUUCAAUCCCUUUCUCAAUGCCAAAACAAGAAAUGGGUCGAUGAAAUCUUGGAUAAAUCUGUGAGAUUUCUUGAUAUUUGUGGCACAACAAGGGAUAUCGUAUCGCAAUUUAAGGAAAAUGUCAAAGAUGUUGAGUCUUCACUAAGGAGGAGAAAAGAAGAUUUGAGCAUCAACAACUACACCACAUUCAGGAAGAAAAUGAAAAAAGAAGCCAAAAGUUCAGUUACAGCUUUGAAAAGAAUGGAUCACGAGGAAGUAGUUGAUGUAAUGGAAGUGGAUGAUCAACUUGUCUCAGCUGUUAUCAGAGUCCUAAGGGAAGUUGCCACAAUGGGAAUUUCAGUUUUCCAAAUUUUGUUAAAUUAUUUGUCAGCCUCAAAUUCUAAGCCAAUUAGCAAAUGGUCUUUGGUUUCAAGAUUAGUAAACAAGGGUGGAGAUCAAGGCAAUGUGAAUGAAAUAGAAAGUGUUGAUGUUGCAUUAAGCAGCCUUUCCAAGUGUGGUCCUAAUGAAGUAGAGAAGAUUCAAUUUGUACAAAGAAAAUUGGAAAGAGUGGAAGCUCAUUUUGAAUGCAUUGAGAAUGGUCUUGAUAACAUAUUUAGAUGUCUGAUCAGAUCAAGAAGCACACUAUUAAAUGUUGUCUCUUGCCAAUGAAAAUAGUCUUGUACAUCAUAAGCAUCCGAGUAAUUGUAGGAAUUGUUUAUGAAAACCUUGUAAAGGAAUUUUUUUUGUAAUUACACACAUACAGAAUCCUAGUUUUAUACUCACAAA